CAAUUCUCAUUUUUCUAAUUCAUGUUCAAAAAUUCUAUUUGGAAGACAAUUAGGGAUUUGGAAGAUAAUUAGGGAGGGAGGUUACAUGUACUGAUGUACAUGCUAUCAAAAUUCUUCAUCCCAAUGGUCAUGUUCCAAAAAUUGAUUAUUUCGGUACAAGUUGUAGGCAUGUAGCACUAGCACCGCCCAUUAUCUAAUUCAGAAAUUCAUAAUUCAUGACUAGCAUUCAUUUGCAGAAACUGGAAAAUGGCGAACAGGGUCUCCAAUAUGUCCGAUCUGAUUCAGCGCAUUACAGCAUCUUGCCUGCUCCACCCGCCCGUCACUGCCGCCGGUCACGAUAACGGAGAUUCCGACGAAGACAAGUACAACGACUCCAACUCCGGCGAUGCGGAAAUUACUCACUGCGAAGACGGCGGAGAAGGAGAAGGAGAAGAUUCCGAAAUUCUGGAAAGCAAUAAUAAGGAGGAUCUCAGAUCGGAAAGGGUCGUAGAAAUGGAAAUGAUAUUGGGGGAAGUGUUCGAGGCGGUGGUGAACAUGAAGAAGGCGUACGUUAGCCUGCAGCAAGCGCACAUUCCUUGGGAUCCGGAUAAGAUGCGCGUGGCUGACGUGGCCGUGGUGGCAGAGCUCCGGAGGCUGGGUAUCUUGAAGGAAAGGUAUAAGCGGAGCGUCGGCGCUGAUGGCGGCGAAAGAGGGAGGCGGAUUGUUGGGGCGGCGACGCUGAGGGAAGUGGUGGCUCCGUACGAGGCGGUGGCAGAUGAUUUGAGAAGAGAAGUGAAGUGUAAAGAAGCUGAGAUAGAGACCUUGAAAGAGAAGCUCAAAACGACGGCAUCGUUGACUCAUAGUAAAGGGAAGAAAAUAAAGUCAAAGCAAAACGUAAGCUGCAGCACUCAACUCCAAGUGGCAAUGCCGCCGGCGCCAGCACUAUUCGAGAACACAGUGAGUUUGGUAAAAGGAGCUACAAAAUCGUUCACGGCGUUACUUCUCUCACUGAUGCGAUCCGCACACUGGGACAUAACCGCGGCCGUGAGAUCUAUCGAAGCCGCCUCAUCUUCCGGCACAACCACUUCCACGGCAGCCGCG